UAAAAAUUAAUGUUUCGAAAUUGUUUAGAUGGAAACUCAGAGUUGUAACUGCCGCGAAGUGUGGGGGAAGCCAACGUAAAUCUGGUAGUAGCAACUUUCACAAAAAAUGCGGUUUGGCUUUGGGACCAUGCAAUUAUCGUUUGCUGGAGGGAGGGAGAGAGACAGAGAGUGAGAGCUGCUUGUCGCGAGCGGUAGUGGAAUCACCUAAUGCAAGAAUGAAUGGGUUUGAUGGAGCUUCAUCUUCGACCGUUAAAAUCAAAAUGAGCAUCUCGACAUUUGGAGCCGAACCUAAAGCACCAGGCACCGUUGACGGACGGACUUCUGCGGACAAGGUCAAGGAUCAAAAUGAAGCCGCUGGAACUGGUACGUCACCCACGAAUGAAGAAGGAGAACUGGCGAAACCGGGACAAGAAGAAUCAGCAAGCAGCAAGAUCGAAAAAAAAGAGUCCACAUCAAAUAGUGCAGGAAAGCAGAACUGUUUUGCGGCAAGUUUCGGAACUCCGGAAGCAAGAUGGAAAUUUCUUGUAGAUUACCAUCUGCAAAUCUUUCUCUAUUGCGCCUUUGUAGUCGGCCUCAGCAUCCCCGCUAUUGGCGAAACCUUGUCGGAACCGAAAACGGAAAUCACUGGCCGUGUGGUUCCGUAUCUGAAUGUGGUCUUCGUCUUUCUGGUCACUGGGUCUCGGAUCCGAACGGAGGCCUUCAUCGCUGCGCUACGAAAGCCACACUUUCUUUUUUUAGGCAUGUUUCUCAUCAAUGUCUACACGCCUUUCCUAGCGCAUGCGUGGAUACGACUACCGCUGCAUCCGAAGUCCUUUGCUGGGGGACUGGCACUUUUCACGGUAGCGCCAACGACGAUCACGAGCGGCGCUACCUUCGUCGCGAACUGCCCUGGGACGAGUCGGGCAUCGGAACUAGCGCUGCUCCUCACUGUCAGCACCAACCUCAUAGGCUGUUUCACGGUGCCGCCUCAACUCGGUACAACUAUAACAAUUACUUAAGUGGAUACUGUUAGUACGUGUCUUAAGUAGCUCCUCGUCCGUACUUCCUUUGAAAUUGAAUUCUUCAUUUUCCUCUAUAAAAAUUGUAAUCACUAAGACGUGUCUUUGUGGUUAUACUGAACAUUCUUGUGUUAAGUAUGUUAGACGUUGCAUAUCGAGCAUCCAGUUGGUAUCACCUUUUGCAGGUCUGGUUCUCGAGGGUUAUCCGAGUUUUAGUGGUUCGAGCGAUACUAGUGACGUGAACAUCGAUGUGGGCAAAUUGUUACUGCGACUGGUGCUGUCCUUACUCGUGCCCUCCGGUAUCGGGAAGGCCUUCCAGGUAGGCAUGGACCACAAGUAUAGUGGCAGUAUGACCAAAUUUUUGAAGAAGUACAAGAGUCAGGUCACACUGGUGAGUAACGGGUCUCUGGUGAUGAUAGUUUGGCAGGGUGUUUCGCGGGCGCAAAAAGAAAUUACAAGUCUGCCGAUUGGCGAUCUUCUCAUCUGCCUGGUGUGCGGCGUGCUUCUGCACAUAGUUUUGUGGAUCGUGAACGGAGCAGCGCUCACAGUGCUGAUGCCCAUUGUCGUGCGCCUGCGAAGGCGCAGUAUCUUUAAGGCUGUACAAGAUGCGGCCAUGUCCAUAGUCGUCGUGUCGCCGAAGCAGGACCACGACGAUCUACAGAAAGACGCAGGCGAUAAUUCAAAGUUGCAAGUAGAUGAUAAAGAUGCCAUUCGCCUUCAGGAGGUGGACCCGAUGAAGAAAGAUUUACACUCAUCUGAAAAGGAUACGGCAGGCUGGUUAGGCGAUUUUGAAGCAGAGGAUCAAAAGGAGACUCUGCAUGCGCAUCGGGCACUCUUUCUCCUGUCCUCGCAAAAGACGCUGCCGGUUAGUCUCGCAGUUUUGGCGGGCCUCGAGGAAGGCACACUUGGCGCCGCUGGGCUAGUGGCUAUCCCCUGCAUCUUUUCUCACUUUUCGCAGCUUACGAUGGAUGCUUUUCUCGUAAGUCAUUGGAAGAAGCUGGCGCUUGCGGAAAAGGAGAAGAAGGCACCUUCAGAUGCAGAAUAG